GCAGUUUUGGCCGCCUGGGUCAAGCCCUACGCCAACGACCAGGCCGAGAUCUUGGAUGUGCUGGAGGUGACUUUGGCAUGCGUCCGCUUCUUCCUUUUCAGUGGAGUCGCCGCGUUGAUGAUCCUUAACCCUGCGAGCGGGAUCAUGUCAAGGAUUGCCUACAUGCUGCUCUUCAGUCUCAUCUUGGCUUGUGGCUACGUUAUUGUCCAUGUGGUCGCCCAGAUGCUUCGCAGCGUCUCUGCAAACGCACAAGCCGAGAGCGGCGCUCUAGGUGGCUUCAAGCGCCUCGUGCUCCGCAUAGCUUUGCCUCUGUUCCAGGAGGACGAGGGCGAAAAGAUUGUUCUAACCUGGUCCUUCACGACAGAUGAGAUCACGGCUGCAGCGCCGCGCAAAUCCUUCGCAGUGGUCACGAGGACACUCAGCACCCUGGUGGGUUCCUCAGCCAAUGUGGCGGCACGGCGGGUGCGGGGUGCAGUCUUACGUCUUGGGCCCGCCUUCCAGCACGCAGUCCUCUUGAAGGCCAUGGAGGAGUUUGCAGUAUUAUGGCUGCAGCAACUGGGCCAAGGCGACUUCCACGCUUUGGCAGGCCGGGCCUUGUGCGUUCUCGCAAGGGCGCACAAGGAGCUGCCAAUGAUUCUUGCCCGCAGCCGCAUUGGUUCGCUGUGGAUGCAGGAGGUCGAUGCUUUGACUCAACGCCCCGGGCCUUUCACCUGCAGUCCAGAGGACUUUUCGCGAUCCAACUGGCGCUUGGGUCAGAUGCCUUCAGAGGAUGCGGUGGAGCUGGUCCACCACGUGGUGAGCUUGUGCCCGGAGCAACGUCAAGCAGAGGAGCCGAACUCGGACUAUCUGGAGCUGUAG